AAGUUUAAAUGAUAAUAUAUACAUUGUUUCUCUUCUGCAGUUUUUACCAUCAUGGCCUUGAGUACAUACACAGAGUUGGGAACACUUCAACACCUUAACACACAGAUUAGUUUCCAACAAAGACAAGCAGAGCUAGCAGGAGAGCUCCUAAGCUAUUCCAACAACUUUGAACUUCAAAACACAUUGCUUCAUCCACUGUAUGACCAAGAAAGUUUCCUACACCCUGAAGAAUAUUGUUCCACCCAUUUGCUUCAAUACUUAUCAUCUUCUUGUGAACCUUUCAUUUCCCUCUCUGAAAUGCUAACACCCCCACAAGAUUUUGAACCCUACUCAUUCCCAAAACGCCAAAGAUGCCAUGAAAAUCAAUUUAGCUUGGAUUUUACACCAACUUUCUUUGAUGGGCUUGUUCCAAAUCCUUGUAUGGUGGCCGAGGUUUUGCCUGAACUCUUCUCUCAACUGCCUGAGUAUGGUAUUCCACAGGUUGAUUGCACUCAAAAUGUUGAGAGUUCAAAGAAAAUGAAUGAAAGAAGUGUGUCGGCACAGAGCAUUGCUGCUCGAGAAAGGAGAAGGAAGAUCACUGAGAAGACUCAAGAGCUAGGGAGGCUGAUUCCGGGUUGCUCUAAAAUGAACACAGCUGAGAUGCUUCAAGCUGCUUCCAAGUAUGUCAAGUACUUGCAGGCACAAGUUGGGAUUCUUGAACUCAUGGGUUCAUUUCAGGAAACAUAUGCAGCCAGCCCCACAGAAAUGCAAGUCAUUCUUGCAUCUCCAAGAGUUCAAGAGAAGCUAUAUUUGGAGGAUAAGUGCUUGGUCCCAAAGGAGCUUUCCAAAUUGUGUGUGAAAGAGCAUGACAUUCUAUCUAUACCUUCAAUUUCUAAUGAUCUCAAAUGCCUGGUCAAAUCAGAGGGUUGACAAG